AUGAUACUCUGCAUCCCUUGCCUGGGAACCGCCAAGAUAGGUCGAAGACGCCGCAACAAGAAUAAGCCUGGACCCCGUGUCCCUCGCUGGCUCGCUCGCAAGAUGGGUCAGGACGAGUCCUCCAUGAGCUUCGGCGGCCCGCCAAAGGCCCUCUCCGAGAGGAGCCUGGCCGCUGUCGCAGAGUACAUCAAGACGGGUCGUGACAAGAGGAUUGUUGUCUUGACUGGCGCCGGUAUCUCGACUGCCGCUGGAAUUCCCGACUUUCGAUCGCCCAAGACAGGCCUCUACGCCAACCUCGCCCGCCUGAACCUCCCCUACGCCGAAGCCGUCUUUGACAUCUCCUACUUCCGCAGCCAUCCCGAGCCCUUCUAUGUCCUCGCCAACGAGCUCUACCCCGGAAAAUUCCAUCCCACCGUCUCCCACGCCUUCAUCGCCCUCCUCGCCCGCAAAGGCCUCCUCCAGAUGCUCUUCACCCAGAAUAUCGACUGCCUCGAGCGCGCGGCCGGUGUGCCCCCCAACAAGAUCAUCGAGGCCCACGGUAGCUUCGCGACACAGCGGUGCAUCGAGUGCAAGACCGAAUUCCCCGACGACAAGAUGAAGGAGCACGUGUUUGGUGGAAAGGUCCCGCACUGCGGAGAGCCCGGCUGCAACGGGCUCGUCAAGCCGGAUAUUGUAUUCUUUGGCGAGUCGCUCCCCAAAGCGUUUGACAACAAUGUCCACAAUGUGGCCAUGGCGGACCUGGUGCUCAUCAUCGGCACCAGCUUGACCGUCUACCCCUUCGCCGCCCUCCCUGGUAUGGCGCAAGAGGACAAGCCUCGAGUGCUGUUCAACAUGGAGCGCGUCGGCAUGAUUGGCAACCGUUCAGACGAUGUCAUUGAGCUUGGCGCCUGCGACGACGGUAUCCGCAAACUCGCCGAUGCGCUUGGUUGGAGAGACGAGCUUGAGCGCCUAUGGAGAGAUACCGUCGGAGAUGAAGAGGCGGAGCGACAGCUAAGGGGCAGAAAGGAGGAUGAGGUUGAGGACGAGGUUGAGCGUCUGGCAGCCGAGGUGGAGGCGGUCGCUAUUAACGAUGACACCAAGGCCGAUGCGGAGGAAGAGGCAUCUCCAGAAACUGAGCCCACAAAGGAGGUCGAUGGAGAGAAGCCCGACAAUGUUCUUUCAUAUCAGCCGGCCACCAUCUCAGCGCCAGCGCUAGCAGAGACCAAGGAGGAGGUCAAGGCGGAACCAACCAAGACAGAGUCGUCAAAGGUGCCCGAGGGCGAAUCAAAAGUUGAGCCCUCAGAGACAGAGGCUCAGCAACCAAAAGACGCCAAGACGCCCCAAGAGCAGCCAGCAGAAUCUGCUACUGUCAAGGAAGAAUCCAAAUAG